CAGUCUCUUUGAGUCAGCAGCUACCGUGAAGACGAUGAAAUCGAAGGGAGGAGAUUAGCGAAUUUGCGAGUGAAACCUAAUCACUUAGUUCAGUCCCGUUUUAACCGGCGCGAGUCAUCGUUGAAUCAUGUCUUGGCUUCCUGUAGAAUCUGAUCCUGGUGUUUUCACUGAGAUUAUACAACAAAUGCAAGUGAAAGGUGUGCAGGUUGAGGAAUUGUAUUCCUUGGACAUUAAUUCGCUUGAUGAAAUAAGACCUGUAUAUGGAUUGAUAUUGCUUUACAAGUGGCGACCAGAUGAAAAGGAGAACCGUGUUGUCAUCAUGGAACCAAACCCGAAUUUCUUCUUUGCAAGCCAGAUAAUCAACAAUGCUUGUGCGACCCAAGCGUUGUUAUCGGUUCUCAUGAACUCUUCGAGUAUCGAUAUUGGCUCAGAACUAUCAGAACUGAAAGAAUUCGCCAAAGAGUUUCCACCUGAACUGAAAGGUUUAGCCAUCAACAACAAUGAGGCGAUACGUGCAGCUCACAACUCAUUUGCCAGGCCUGACCCAUCUUCCAACAUGGAAGAAGAGGAAUUAGCUGCUGCGAAAAAUGUAGACGAAGAUGAUUAUCUAUAUCAUUACAUCAGCUACUUACCUGUUGAUGGUAUCAUAUAUGAGCUCGAUGGUCUAAAAGAAGGACCCAUUAGUCUUGGACAGUGUCUGGGUGAGCCAGAAGGAAUCGAGUGGCUCAGAAUGGUCCAACCUGUGGUACAAGAGCGGAUUAACCGGUAUUCGCAGAAUGGGAUUCGGUUUAGUCUCUUAGCUGUAGUUAAGAACAGGAAAGAGCUGUAUGUAGCUGAACUGAAAGAGUAUCAGAGACAGCGAGAGAGGAUUUUGCAGCAGUUAGGUGGUUUGCAAGCUGAUAAAUACGCUGAGAAAAGCAGUUAUGAGGCUCUCGAUAGAUCUCUUUCUGAAGUCAAUAUCGGGAUAGAGACCGUUUCACAGAAGAUUGUAAUGGAGGAGGAGAAGUCUAAGAACUGGAAGAAAGAGAACAUGAGAAGGAAACACGACUAUGUCCCUUUCCUCUUCAAUUUCCUUAAGAUUCUUGCUGACAAGAAGAAGCUGAAACCUCUCAUUGAUAAGGCUAAGUGUAACCCCUAAAUCUGCUUUGGCUGGAUAUUAACUUGAUGGAAAUCAGAUGUUUUAGCGAUCUGAAUACCGUGGUUAUAUGUAGCAAACCUUUGACUUAUUUCUCUGGUCACUCAACGUGUGAGGCUUGAUUGUAAUUGGUCUUGAGGAUUUUGUUGAACCAAAUCUCCUUUUUUACUUAA